AUGACGGUGGAGAAGAGCAAAGGUUCGGAGAAGAAAAUGGCGCCGGCGACGCGGAAGGUCGCGCCAGACGGUGGCUGGGCGUGGAUGGUAUGCUUGGGGGUUAGUUUAGUCAAUUUUUCAACCCGAUCAUUGGAGCCUUCGUUCGGUCUCCUAUUCAAAGACCUGCUGGACGACCUGGGUGUCCACACGACGGGCGCUUCCGUGAUCGCCAGCACCCUGGACUCGGUGGUGAACUUCUCCGGGUUCUUCGUGGGUCCCGUUAUAAAGACCUUCUCGUAUAGGAAGGUCUGCUUCGUCGGAUCGACGAUAUGCGCCCUCGGUCUGCUGUUCACCGCGCCAGCUAACAGCAUGGGACACAUUUUGGCCACCUACAGCAUUUUGGGUGGUUUCGGGGUCGGCCUCGCGUCUUCCUCUUCGUUCGUAUCGCUCAAUCACUACUUCUCCAAGAAGCGGGGUCAGGCCGUUGGUUUGUCUAUGGCGGGAACAGGCUUCGGCUUGAUGGUGAUGCCGCAGCUGGUGAAGAUAUUGCUCGGCGAGUACGGGUUCAGGUGGACGGUGGUGAUAUUGGGUGCUCUCGCCUUCCACGCGGUCCUCGGCUCGUGCCUUCUGCAGCCGGUGAAGAGGCACCUCAUCGACGAACCGGUCGACUGCGAAAUGCAACCAGUGAAGGAGAUGGAGUGCAUCAACGAGAGCGACGAGGAGGAGGACAAGUUCGAGAUCAACCCGCUGGUCAGCCACCCGAUGCCCAAGCUCGUCGCCCAGCGCCCGACAAACGCCAACCACCCGUCGGUCCGCACGAUAGGCUUGCCGCGCGCAAAGACGUGCGACAAGCCGCUGCAGGACUUCGAGAGGAGCGCCAAGCUGGGCAUGGGCCUCACCGCGGCCGCUUCCGUGGCGGCGAUGCAGCGGGUCACCUCCAGCGGCAGCAUGAACGAGGCCCGCAAGAGGAAGUUCUCCGUCAUAUCGAACAUUUCCAACAUGGACUUCACCGGCAGCUACCUGCAGCUGUACCUUGACACGGCAGACGAUGAUGCGAUACAGAUGAAGGCCAUAAAGAAAACGGAGCCCGAGCAAGAGAAGAAGAAGGGAUUUUUCAGAAAGUUCAUAGCUCUGAUGGACUUGGAUCUUCUAAAAGACUGGUCCUUCUUGAACCUCCUACUUGGCCUCUCGCUAUUCUGGAGCGGCGAGUUGCAGUUCAGAAUGUUGACGCCAUUUUUCAUUAGGAGCUUAGGUUAUAAUAUGAACGAGACGGCGUUCUGUUUAUCUAUGACCGCCAUAACGGACAUCCUAGUUAGGUUGAUUUUGCCGCCAAUUUUUGACAGAACGACCAUAUCGAAGAAGAUGAUAUUCUUUGUUUCCGCCUUCUUUUUAGCAGCGACGAGGUCAGUUCUCGCCGAGCAGAGUGAGUGGGUCCCGUUGAUGAUAUGGCUCUCGAUUUGCGGAUUCUUCAGGGGCAUGUGCCUCAGCAACUUCACGCUGACGAUUUCCGAGUACUGCCCCCUGGAGAAGCUGCCGGCGGCGUUCGGCCUACACAUGGUCAGCAAGGGCGUGUUCGUCGUGGCCAUAGGGCCCCUCAUCGGUUACGUCAGGGACUACACGGACAGCUUUUCAAUGUGCAUACACGUGCAGAACGCCCUCAUUAUGUCCUGCGUGCUGGUGUGGGCGGUGGAGUACGCGCUGGCGUUCACGCGGCGCCGCAAAAUCGUACAGAUC